AUGAGUAAUGGUGCUGAUGCUGCGGUAUGGUGGACGCGGCUGCGGAGCCCCGGGCCGCCCACAAUGUUACCACCAGCAUUACCAAAAGAGUUGCAAAGCUGGGCUGCUAAAUCGGUCGGUGACGGUGUACGGUACGAGCGGGGACUGCAGCGGGGCGGGGACUAUUUUCGUCUGGCGGCCACGUUUGGAAAAUGUGUGGUGACGUCACGAUUCUCCGCGGCGAUGGCAUCAUCACACCGCGACACGCGGCUUGCCAAAAUAUCGUGGCCAGCUCCCCGCGAUCAACUUUAUUUUGGUCAUUAUUCCUUGGUGUUCUACUCGCUAUACUUACCCUAA